CUCCGCCGCUGCAGCGUCCUCGGCUCGGGGAUGCGGGUAGCAAUAACGCAGCCCCUCUCCAUGGCUGAUCCCCGGCCGAGUACAGGAACCUGGAUCUCUUGAAGGCGAGGAGGAGCCGCGGAUUGUUGUUGUUUUUCUAUUGGAUUUUUUUUAAGGAGACAAAACCCAAAUCUUUUAAAUCCGAGGGGGGAAAAUGGCAAACUCGGCCGGAAAAAACCAACCAGACCAUCGGAGAAAAGGACUGGCUUUUCUGGACGAGCUGCGGCAGUUUCACCACAGCAGAGGGUCUCCUUUCAAGAAGAUCCCCGUGGUGGGUGGAAAGGAGCUGGAUCUUCACGCUCUCUACACCCGAGUCACCACUUUAGGCGGAUUUGGGAAGGUAUCUGAGAAGAAUCAGUGGGGAGAAAUAGUGGAAGCAUUUAACUUUCCCAGAAGUUGUUCUAACGCUGCCUUCGCUUUAAAACAGUAUUACUUGCGUUAUCUGGAAAAAUAUGAGAAAGUACAUCAUUUUGGAGAGGAUGAUGAUGAGGUACAACCAGGCAAUCCAAAGCCACAACUACCUAUAGGUGCAAUUCCAUGUUCCUAUAAUUACCAGCAGCACAGCGUGUCAGAUUUUCUUCGACAAAGUUAUGGGCUAUCUAUGGACUUUAAUUCACCAAAUGAUUAUAAUAAAUUGGUGCUUUCUCUAUUAUCUGGACUCCCAAAUGAAGUGGACUUCGCUAUUAAUGUGUGCACUCUUCUGUCAAAUGAAAGCAAACAUGUUAUGCAGCUUGAAAAGGACCCUAAAAUCAUCACGUUAUUACUUGCUAAUGCUGGGGUGUUUGAUGACACUUUAGGUUCAUUUUCUACUGUGUUUGGUGAAGAAUGGAAGGAGAAAACGGAUAGAGAUUUUGUUAAGUUUUGGAAGGAUAUUGUUGAGGAUAAUGAAGUACGUGACCUUAUUUCUGACAGAAACAAAUCUCAAGAUACUAUACCAGAAGACUGGAUAUGGGAGUCUUUAUUUCAUCCACCACGCAAGUUGGGCAUUAAUGAUAUUGAAGGACAGAGAGUUCUCCAGAUUGCAGUGAUUUUAAGAAAUCUCUCCUUUGAGGAGGGAAAUGUAAAACUAUUGGCAGCUAAUCGUACUUGUCUUCGUUUUUUGUUGCUCUCUUCUCAUAGUCAUUUUAUUUCUUUAAGACAAUUGGGGCUUGACACUUUAGGAAAUAUUGCUGCCGAGCUUCUUUUGGACCCUGUUGAUUUUAAAACAACUCAUCUAAUGUUUCAUACUGUUACUAAGUGCUUAAUGUCAAGAGAUAGAUUCUUAAAAAUGCGUGGCAUGGAAAUCUUGGGUAAUCUUUGUAAAGCUGAAGACAAUGGUGUCUUAAUUUGUGAAUAUGUAGAUCAAGAAUCUUACAAAGAAAUCAUCUGCCAUCUCACUUUACCUGAUGUUUUACUUGUUACAUCUGCUCUGGAAGUGCUCUAUAUGCUCACUGAAAUGGGUGAAGUGGCCUGUAGCAAAAUAGCUAAAAUUGAUAAAAGUAUAGAUACAUUAGUAUGCCUGGUUUCAAUGGACAUCCAGAUGUUUGGAGGUGAUGCACUCAAUGUAGUAAAACUUGUUGAACAUCAAAGUACCAACCACCAAGUACUCUCUGAAAUUAGGCCACAAGCAGUGGAACAAGUUUCAUCACAGGGACAUGCCCCUGCUACUCCAGCAACAAGAGCACCACAACAUGUUGCACCACCACCAGGAAUAGUAGAAAUUGACAGUGAAAAAUUUGCAUGCCAGUGGUUAAAUGCCCAUUUUGAGGUUAAUUCAGACUGCUCUGUCUCCCGAGCUGAAAUGUACUCUGAAUAUCUCUCUACAUGCAGUAAACUAGCUAGAGGUGGAAUUUUGACUUCUACUGGAUUUUAUAAAUGUCUUCGAACUGUAUUUCCAAAUCAUUCAGUGAAGAAAGUUGAGGAUGCAAAUAACAAUGGGCAGGCUCAUAUUCACGUAGUAGGAGUAAAAAGGAGGGCUAUACCACUUCCUGUUCAGAUGUACUAUCAGCAACAAUCUUCUUCAACCCCUAUUCUUCGGGUUGAUUCUGUUCCUGAAGUAGCUCCAUCUGCUUCACCAGCAGGACUCCCACAUGGAUCAUCAAGUAUAGGAAACCAUUUUCAGAGGAAUCCUAUUAAUAAUCAAUCUUCAACUAUAGCUGCAACACAGAUGUCUUUUCCAAUUCAAGGUGCAUCUACAGUGGUACAGACUGUUUCCAGGAUACCACAAAAUCCUUUAGUUCAUAGUCACCAUCAACAGAAUGCUCCUGUGACUGUCAUACAAAAUAAAGCUCCAAUUUCUUGUGAUGUAGUGAAGGCCACAGUGAUACAGAACACAGUUCCACAGUCUGCAGUUCCUGUUACUAUUGCUGUAGGAGGUGGAGCACAAUCUUCAAAUCAAAAUCCUAAUAAUGCAGGACCACAACCCUCUGUUACUGUUGUCAGCUCCCAGACUUUACUUCAUCAACCUGUAAUUCAACAGUCAUCUCUACAUGCAGUGGUACCAGGACAAAUAUCAUCAGGCACUCCUGUUACAGUAAUUCAACAAGCUGUACCUCAAAGUCAUAUAUUUGGCAGAGUACAGAACAUACCAGUAUGCACUUCAGCAGUUUCCCAGGCUCAGCAGCUCAUAACCACAUCAUCACAGCCAGUACAAUCAUCAACUCAGCAAUCCACAGGUGGUAACCAGCAGCAGGAUGCUGUUAUUAUAGCACCUCAGCAGUAUGUUACAACAUCAUCAUCUAAUAUAGUUUCUGCUACUACAGUUCAGAAUUUCCAAGUUGCAACUGGGCAGAUGGUUACAAUUGCUGGUGUCCAGAAUCCACCAACAUCAAGAGUAGGGUUUCAGAAUAUUGCACCAAAGCCUUCUCAGCAAGUCCCAGCAGCAGUGGCACAGCAACCAAUGCAGCAGUCUCAGCAGCAACCACCACCACCUCAGCAAAGUGUAGUGAUUGUAAGCCAACCAACUCCGCAAGGUCCAACAUAUGCACCAGCCAUUCACCAAAUUGUUCUUACUAAUCCAGCUUCAAUCCCAGCUGGCCAAACUGUUCAGUUGGGUGCACAGCCAAACUUAACUCCAACUUCCUCACCAUCACCUGGACCAAUUUCAAACAACCAAGUCCCCACAGUAAUAUCAUCUCCAUCUCUCAUCUCUCAGGCACAAGGACCCCCUCCUACUGUCAGUCAAAUGCUUUCUGUAAAGCGUCAACAACAGCAGCAGCAACAGCAACAGCAUUCACCAGCAUCGUCCCAGACGCAGCAGCAAGUCCAGAUGCAAGUUCAGCCACAACAAAAUAGUCCUGGGGUUGGUCAGCCACCUUCUAAUGAAUCCAGUCUGAUAAAACAACUCUUGCUUCCUAAACGAGGCCCUUCUACUCCCGGUGGCAAACUUAUUCUCCCAGCACCACAAAUUCCUCCUUCAAACAGUGCAAGAGCUCCCAGCCCUCAAGUGGUUUAUCAGAUGACUAAUAACCAAGCAACAAGUUUUGGAGUUCAAGGGCAGUCUUCUGCUCAGCCAUUACUAGUUGGACAGCAAAAUGUUCAGUUGGUCCAGAGUGCAAUUCAAUCCCAAGGAACAGUACAAACGGUUCCUAUUUCCAAUUUACAAAUAUUGCCAGGCCAGUUGAUUUCAAACAAUCCAGCAACUAUUUUUCAAGGAACUUCCCGCAAUCAGGUUACUAUAACAGUUGUGCCAAAUACUAGUUUCGCUACAGCAAAUACAAGUCAGGGAAAUGCAACUAAAAUAAUUGCUCCAGCUGGAAUAACAAUGAGUGGGACACAAACAGCAGUUGGGCUUCAGGUGCAAGCACUUCCACCUAACCAGGCACCUCUAGCUGGACAGUCAUGUUCUGCUACUGCCCCUCCAUUCAAAGGAGAUAAAAUAAUUUGCCAAAAGGAAGAAGAAGCAAAGGAGGCAACAGGUUUACAUAUUCAUGAGCGCAAAAUCGAAGUAAUGGAAAACCCUUCUUGCAGAAGAGGUGCUGCAAACACCAGGAAUGGCGAUGCAAAGGAAAAUGAAACACAAGCGGGAAGUCUUCUAAAUGGAAGAAAGCAUGACUCCAGUCUACCUCCAGCUAACUCAGGGAAAACUCAGAAUGAGGCCAAUCAGUUCUCACAAGUCAGUAAUGGAUCAUCAUUAAUCGUGGAUGAAAAUGGAGGUCUUGGAAAGCAGAACUUUGAACAACCAGACAUGCAGGAACUUAAAAGUGAUUUGAGGAAGCCCCUCCUUAAUGGAAUCUGUGAGUUUGGAAAGGGUGACGGUUCCCAUUUAAGUAAAAACAUUCCAAAUCACAAAACUUCCAACCAUAUAGGAAAUGGUGAAAUUUCUCCAAUAGAACAAGAUAAUUUGGAUGCGACACAAUUAGAUGCUGCCAAAGGUGAUCAAGGGGAAAGAUUUUCCAAUGGACCUGUUUUAGCUUUGGGGACUAUGCCUGUUGUAAGCAGUAUACACGAGGCUUCAAAACUCUUAACUCAGCAACCUAGUAGUACCAACACUGAUGUACCUAAUGGACCUCUAAUUUCAAAUUUGAAUUCAGACGUGCCUCACCAACGCCCAAGUGUAGUAGUUUCACCACAGACAACAGCCUCUGUUAUACAGGGGCAUCAGAUCAUAGCAGUUCCACACUCAGGAUCUCGUGGAUCCCCAGCUACUCUGUCAUCCGAAGUACGGUCAACUAAUGGCACAGCAGAAUGCAAAACUGUAAAGAGGCCAGCAGAGGACAAUGACAGGGAAACUGUUCCAGUAAUCCCCAAUAAAGUAGGAGUUAGAAUUGUUACAAUAAGUGACCCUAACAAAGCUGGUUGUAGUGCAACUAUGGUAGCUGUGCCAGCUGGAGCAGAUCCAAAUACUGUAGCAAAAGUAGCAAUAGAAAGUGCUGUUCAGCAAAAGCAGCAACAGCAACAGCAACAACAUGCAACACCAUACAUACAAAACAUGGUCACACAGAGCACAUCUGUAAUACCGGUACCAACAAUGCAAGUUCAAGGUCCACCUGUCAGUUUGCCACCUUCUAUAUAUACUGUAUCAAGUCCACAUGCAGAACAAAUGAAAAAACCUGGUCAAAAUUUCAUGUGUCUUUGGCAAUCCUGCAAAAAGUGGUUUCAGACACCAUCCCAAGUUUUCUAUCAUGCUGCAACUGAGCAUGGAGGAAAAGAUGUCUACCCUGGACAGUGUUUGUGGGAGGGCUGUGAACCUUUCCAGAGACAAAGGUUUUCGUUCAUUACCCACCUACAGGAUAAGCAUUGCUCACGAGAUGCACUCCUUGCGGGAUUAAAGCAAGAUGAACAUGGACAAGUAGGAAGUUCAAAACCUUCCACAAAGCCACCAACUGCUGGGGGUUCUUCUUCUACUCCCAGAACACAGAAGGCUAUUGUCAAUCACCCUAGUGCUGCCCUCAUGGCUUUAAGGAGGGGAUCACGAAACCUCGUUUUCAGAGAUUUCACAGAUGAAAAAGAGGGACCAAUUACUAAACACAUCCGACUAACAGCUGCCUUAAUAUUAAAAAAUAUUGGUAAAUAUUCAGAAUGUGGUCGCAG